UCUCAGUACUAGUCUAACGAUUCUCUUGUGAGGAGUCUAAUCACAGUAAAAAUAAUAACAAAACCAACCCCUCGAAGACUGAGGAGCUCGAUUGAUCUUGGAUUCGUCUUGCCUCGUGUAAAAUCGAGCGAAUUUAACGGAAUUCCAAUCACUGAAUUGCGUCCAGAAUUUUGGAAAUUUGAUUUUGUAGUAAUUUUAGUGGAUGAACCGUGAAAUAAACCAGCAUUUGACAGUGCCUAGGAUCGAAGGUCAAGAGUCCGUUCGACUUUUAACGCUACACGCGCUAGCAUUCGGAGAAUCUAAUCGCCGCCUCUGACACUGUCUCAGCGUUAUUAUUUUUUUCCAUUUUAUUCCGUUUGGAGGGGCCGGGGCUUGAUACGAUAACGUGUGAACCCAGGGGAGUUGAUCGCACUCGAGAGUUCGGCGGUGCACACAACUGCGGAAUGAUUAAUUUCGAUGAUUAUUUGUGGUGAAUUGUAAUGAAUUGAGGGAAGUGGAGAGACCGAACAAUUGGAGUUGCUGGCAGCCACGCGAUUCCGUGGUUGAGUGAUGUCUUAACAGUUUAAUAGUGUAGUUCAAAAUUAUUAUCAAGAUGGUGAAAAAUGGAAGGAAACAAAGUAUACCAGAAGUCCAGUGGAGCCCGUAUCGUUCACCGCAUGGGUGCCUGGGUCAACGAUAGUUCAGUGGUGGUGAAGGUGGUGAAGGUGGUCCCAAACAAUAACAACACUAAAAGAACUAAGGAACGCAUACUGCUCCACCCCCGUACGAGACCCAAAACGCGACGGCGUAUUGUCGCGUUAAGCACCCCUGAUGUUAGCACCAAGGUUAAUCCAUCAACAAAACUCGUCUUCCAGCAACUCAAGUACCCUAUCUCCGCGACCCUACAAUUACCUCGUCAAUUCCCACGGCAACUGUCCGAGUGGCCGGUGCAACCGUUACACAAAUCACGGACGAAAGCAAUAAACUCACAAUUGUGCGCGAGUGUUUAAACCGGUUGCCGAUCACCCCAGACUCCCCCAAAAAUCGGGGAAAAAAUUUCCCCUCCCUCCUAGGCCUCCCAAGACCGCCGAAAGACCAUGAAAAAUCGAAAUUGAGAGUGUGCAAUGGACGCUGAGUGGGUCAGCCCGCGGCCUCAAGAUAUCCCCGUAAAAAUCAAGGACAAUGAUAACGAUAAAAAAGCCCCUCAACUUUUGACAGUCUCAAACGGCCCGAGGCUCGCGCAUGCAAUCAUGUUAGAAGACAACAAAGAGAAGACAAAUCUAGCCUACGAGGAUGAGGCAACCAGCGAGGAGAUCAGUAUCCUGAAGUACCGCCGUGGCGCCAGCGAGGAGACGGGCGGUGCGAUACGGAGAGAAGCCCGGGAAUCCCUGGCGAAGGAGAAAGUGAAACGCCCAGACAGCCUCUACACCCGCAAGAUGUCGCUGGAGAAUAACGAGAGUGUGAAGCUCAACGAGAGCUCGAUACUGGGGGUCAACGGCAACAAGUGCCUUCGCGUGAAGUUCAACUCUUCGAGAGGUAAAAGAUCUUCAUCAAAGCGGAAGGACGAGGAGGGGGCGCAGCCGAGUCCUUCGAUAUCAACGAGUAGUUCACCGUCAGCGGGCGGAUCGUCGGAGGACAACUCGAGUCUCGGACAGUUUUCAGAGGCUCGACCGCCGGACGGGGGCUGGGGGUGGGUCGUCGUCGCGGCGUCGUUCAUGGUCAAUCUGAUAGCCGACGGGAUAACGUUCUCCUUCGGCGUUAUCUACGUCGAAUUCCUGAAUUACUUCGGCGAGGGCAAGUCGAAGACGGCCUGGAUCGGCUCCUUGUUCAUGGCGAUGCCGCUGCUGUCGGGCCCUGUCGCCAGCUUUCUCACCGACAGAUACGGCUGCAGAAGGGUGUCAAUAGCUGGCAGUGUGCUGGCCACCCUCGGCUUCGUCAUAUCAUCGUACACAAGUUCAAUGGCUGUUCUGAUAUUCACAUUCGGGGUAAUCGCUGGAUUUGGCUUAUCGCUCUGCUUCGUGGCAGCUGUUGUCAUUGUUGCCUACUACUUCGAUAAAAGAAGAUCGUUCGCCACCGGUUUGUCGGUGUGCGGAAGUGGAAUUGGGACUUUUAUAUUUGCACCGCUGACGCAGUAUCUUCUCGCUGAGUACGGCUGGCGGGGGACGACGCUCAUCCUCGCGGGGUUCUUCCUCAAUCUUGCUGUCUGCGGCUGUCUCAUGAGGGAUCUCGAGUGGACGACGAUAAGGGCCAAGGCGAAGUGUCAGGAGAGGAAGCGCAAUCGCGAGAGGAAGCGCACUAGUAGGAUUCAGAGCUCCAGUGCUGACUCGUUCUCAGCCAGUUCUUCAGCGAAUACAACUACUCAGACGCCCCACGGCAUCGCCAAUUUCUCGGCGACUUCGACGAAUGCCAUUGUGCUGGAGAACUCGAGGAGGACUCACGAGGAUCACGAGGGCCAGCAUGGCAAGAAUUUUUCUAGCCUUCUUACUCUGCCCACGUUUUUGAAGAAUGGCGAUCAGGUGCCGAUUGAAGUGCUCGAGCUUUUGGCCACUCGAAAGGAUGUUUACAAUGUUCUUUUGCAUAAUUAUCCCAGUCUUUUGAUGUCGUCCAGGAGCUUCAGUGACUCGGCGACGUUGAAUGACGGCAAUGCGGCCCUGCCAGUCGUUUGUAAUGACGAUGAGAACUGCCAGAAGCCCAAGGACAGGGAGGAAAUUAAUAAUUUGGACAGGAAGAUCAAGGCCAACAGCGACAAGUUCAAGGAGACUGAUGACGAUGCUGCUGUCUAUCUCUGGUGGCUCAAGAAACUACAGCCCGAUGACAGCCAAUUACGGAGAUCAGCUACUCUCGAGGCACACAGGAGACUGCCAACUGCUUACCUGAGGAAUAUUCGGGUGCACAGACACAGUUUGACUUAUCGGGGCGCUAUGCUCAAUAUCAAUAGGUACAGGCUGAGGGCGUCCAGUUGUCCUGAUAUCUACAGGAACUCUAUGACCACUAUUGCUAAGACUAAGCUUGUUUGGUACUCGGGGCUCUGGGAGUUUUGGGAUCUUGUCGUUGAUAUGCUCGAUUUCUCACACUUUGCGGACUCCAGGUUUCUUCUCUUCUCGAUUAGCAAUUUUUUGCUGCAUACUUGGUACGAUGUGCCUUAUGUUUAUCUCACUGAUAAUGCCAUUGAGAUGGGAUUCAGCGAGACUGACGCCUCCAUGCUCAUCUCGGUUAUUGGAAUCACCAAUAUGCUUGGAGAGAUAUUUCUCGGAUGGGCCGGAGAUAAAGUCUGGGUGAAUGCAUCCAUCGUCUAUGCCAUAUGCAUGAUACUCUGCGGUGCUGUAACAAGCAUAAUUCCACUUGUUGUCAGACAUUACUACGCACUGUGCGCUGUUUCUGGUGCAUUUGGUAUUUUCAUUGCUGCAAAUUACAGUCUUACGAGUAUUAUUCUUGUUGAAGUUAUCACGCUAGAGCGGUUCACAAAUGCCUAUGGUCUUUUGCUGCUCGUUCAGGGAAUUGCCAAUCUCAUGGGGCCACCAUUGGCUGGAUGGCUGUAUGACAUAACAGGUACCUAUGACCUAUCGUUCUACCUAGCAGGAUUUUUCAUUGGUCUCAGUGGCAUCCUCCUGAUGGUAGUUCCAUGUAUCGAGAUGUAUAGAAAAUACUCCCGCAAAACCAAUGCCAAUCUAUCCAGGAAGGAUCUCGCUGCUGACAUAAACAGCGUGUGAGCAAGAAUUCCCUAGAUAAAUAUCUCAACGACUGGCGAAACCAUGAAUUAGUUUAAGUUAAAAUAAAUCAGUACAGAACAAUAACAAAAAUUACGGUCAACAGACCCCCUAUUUGUCUAUUUAUUCAUCGAUUAAUUCGAACAGCUAUUUAUUUAUCAGUUGUGCUUGCAUGCACCGAAGGAAUAAAGACAUUGGAACAAUUGUCAUUUUUGUCUGACGUUUGUACAAAAGCGAAAUAAUAAUGUCUGGGAAUUUUUUUUCUCGUAAUGAAUGAAACUUCCAUUUGAUUAUAAAUUUAAUGAGAUAAUUUAUUGCUAGACCUUUACUGUAAUUGAAUAAUCUGUACGACUCUGUAUGAAUUAGCGAUGAAACAAUACAUAUUGAGGUGAUCGAUGCACACGUUGAGGAGAAAUUGGUGAAUAAAGUCUGGGGUAAUUUUUUGGUAAGGCUCCGACCCAUUCGAAUCUCAGGAUAAUGCAUUACGUAUGUGAAUAGUUAUAACCAAAUUUCGAAGUAACACAUACGAUACAUUUAGAAUGGAACGAGUGCAGGCGAAGGUGAAAAUUGGAGAUAACACGCACGAAAAAUUUCAUGGAAAAGUCGAUUUUUUCAUUUAACUUAUUUUAUUGAGAUAUUUUCUGUGGAAAUUCCUCAAAUUUUUAGUUUUUUUCUUUGAUUCUUUCUGUUUUCUUUUCUUUCAAUGAAAUAGCGUGGAAAAACUCCGAAAAAUUCAUACAAGAUAAAUUUCCACUGAUUUUUUUUCUAUAAAAUACUUUCUAUUGGACAUUUGCUAUAACAAAAAGUCGUAAAGCUGCGGAAUUUUUCAAUAGAAUCGCCCAAAAACUCGUAGAAUUUUCCGUAAAAUCCAGUACAAUUUUCUAUCGAAUUCGCUAGUUUUUUUAUGAAAUUUCCUCGUGGGUGAUGAAUGGAGGAUAAAUAUCUGGUGUUAACCCUUCGUUACUCAUCUGGCUUUCGAAAAAGUUUUCAAUGGAAAAUAAACAUAAUAAAGAGAAAGAAAAUGAAAUUGGAUAGUUGAAGGUUGAGAGAAUAAUAAUAAUUUCAUUUUUAUCAAUGCUGAAGUACUGAAGAAAUCUUGAAAAAAUGUCUAGGGUGUUUCCCGCACCCCACGUGGGACUCGGAGGGUUAAUUCAGCUUUUCUUUCCUCUACAAGACGCUUUUUCGCCAUAUGCCAUGGAAUACUAAAUAUAAUCGUGGAUAUUGCAAAUGUAAAUACUGAUUUUAUCACUUUUUUUGUUCUUCGAUGAAUUUUUUUGAAAUUCCAAAAUUUUUCAUUCAACUUUUUGCUCCUAUUUCUUUAAACGGUUUGAAAAUGUUUGUCGACUAUUUGUAAUAGUGCAACAGACGCGCUGAAAGUGUAAAUAAUUGACGGAAAAUAUUCGUGAAGAGGAAACAAUACAGUUUUAUUUGUAUAUAAUAGCUUUCUGUGAUGAUAAAAGAUAAAUAAAAAUUCCAUAGAGUUUUAUGAA